CAAAGCGGCUUUGGUGAAAGACGUGAAACUGAUGUUCCCACAUCUUUCACACUCUUCCGGCACAUUUGCAUUUUUCUUCAAUGCUUCCAUGUAAAACACUUCGUAACUUUUUCUGCAAUCAGAGCGUCGGGAAUACGUGACGGACUUCAUCUGUUUGUACCUGAGAUGUACGGAUUUGUCAAUCACGCAUUUCAGAAACUUAUUGAACUUAACUACGGCUGUGGAGUUUGGGAAGAGAUUUGUUCUCGUGCUAAUAUUGACAGCGAUGAUUUAUACUCUUUUGACGAGCGACGAAUAUAUGACGAUCAAGAUAUCAUGGAUUUGGUCAGUGUUGCAUGUGAUGUAUUGGCGAUCAAAAGAAAUGAUCUUAUGGAGCAGUUUGGACAAAUGUUUUUUGAGCAUUGCAACAGUUCUGGAUGGAAGAAGAUUCUAUCAUGUCUCGGUGGGAACCUGAGUGACUUUCUUUCAGGAUUGGAUAACUUGCACGAGCAGCUGCUAGUUCGUUAUCCUGGUAUGCAAGCACCAUCGUUUCGCGUUGAAACGCAACAAGGAAUGGAUGUUCUCACUGUUUAUUACUAUUCCAUUCGAGUUGGACUGCAGUACAUGGCGAUUGGCAUGAUUAAAGCUGCUGCGAAACAUAUAUACCAGACUGAUAUCGAUAUAAUUAUAGACAGCUACGACGAAGAUGAGGGAUGUACGAAGUUUUUGUUACGGCCAAAAAACUUCAUGGGGGCCGUCAAACUUCUACCGCAACGUCGGCAAUCUAGAAGAAUCGAAGAAGCCUGUGGAGUUGCUGAAUACAAAUUUAGUAUUGAGGUUUCUACCUUCUGCAGAGCCGUACCAUUCCAUUUUAUGUUUGACCGCAACAUGGUAAUAUUUCAAGCAGGUAUAUCGAUGCAAAGGGUUUUACCCGCACUUCAGGUCGGCCGGACGACAAUCGAUGAGGUGUUUGAAAUUGUUCGUCCACCAGUGAGCAGCAAAUUCGAAUCCAUUUUGUCACGCAUCAAUUCAAUAUUUUUGCUUAAGACCAAUGAAGGUGCACUGGACUCGUCGACCUUAUCCACGGUAUCUGAGGAUGAUAAGAAACGAAUUGAGUCACCCACGAUGCGUUUCAAAGGUCAAAUGCUGUACCUUAAAGAGAGUGAUUGCUUUUGUUAUCUAUGUUCACCAAUAGUGUUAAACCUCGAUGGUCUUAAUGAAAAAGGGCUUUACCUCAGCGAUAUUCCCUUACAUGACGCAACUCGUGAUCUCAUUUUACUAUCCGAACAUCGUAACGCGGAGUGUGCACUAACUCAGCGUCUUCAGAUUGUUACUGAUAAAUUGCAACAAACUGCGCGAGAAUUGAAGAAGGAACAGCAACUGGCCGACAAGCUUCUUUAUAGCAUUCUACCCCCAUCGGUAGCAAACGAACUGCGGUUGAAACGACCGGUAAAGGCGAAAAAAUUUGAAGUUGUGACUGUCUUAUUUAGUGGUAUUGCCAAUUUUUCUCAGUACUGUAAUGACAUCAUCGAACCAAUGGAGAUUGUGAACUUGUUAAACAGCAUUUACAUGACUUUCGACAAUCUGUUGGACACGUAUGAGGAUGUUUACAAGGUUGAAACAGUUGGUGACAAAUACAUGGCUGUCUCCGGUCUUCCAACCAAAUGCAACACGCAUGCUCAUUACGUGGCGAAACUGGCACUAGAUAUGAUGGACGCCUGCAGGAGCAUCUUGAUAAGAGGCAAGCCCUUCAAGAUAACUAUUGGUAUACACUCUGGCGAAGUCGUAGCUGGUGUGGUAGGUCAAAAACUUCCAAGAUAUUGUCUCUUUGGGAACACUGUCAAUUUAGCUAGUAGAACAGAAACUACUGGUGAGAAAGGAAAGAUCAAUGUUUCUGAGCCUGCGCAAAAAUGUCUUCUCUCGCCAAAAGAUCCAAGUUUUAAACUUGAAUGUCGAGGGCCUGUCACGAUGAAAGGUAAAAAAGAACCAAUGAUCACUUAUUUUCUUUCACGAUCUUCGUCAAAGGACAUCAAGGAAAAGGGAGCAAACACGAAUGUUCGUGUGAUUAUUAAGACUUCUACUUCUGUUUCAAACAUGAAAUCAAGAAAAUACGGAUUCGUGAAUCAUGCACUGCAACUCCUUAUUCUAAAGAGAUUUGGCGAAGAAAAAUGGGAUGAAAUAAAGAAACAAGCUGGAUUGGAUUUAGAAGGUCAUUUUCUUGUGCGAAUCGUUUACGAUGAUUUUAAAACGUACGACCUGGUGAAAGCAGCAUCCGAAGUCUUAGGUAUCCCAGCGACAAAGAUCCUGGAAAUGUUCGGGGAAACUUUUUUUGACUUCUGUGAAGAGUCAGGUUAUGACCGAAUAUUACACGUUCUUGGAGGAAAACUCAGUGAUUUCCUGUGUAAUCUUGAUGCUUUGCACGAUCAUCUAGGGAGCAUAUACCCCGGCAUGAGGGCACCUUCCUUUCGUGUUACCAACCGUGAUGGAGUAAUAAUCCUGCAUUACUAUUCAAUUCGAGAUGGCCUUGAGCAUAUUGUGUUGGGAAUUGUUAAAACUGUGGCACGAAAACUUCUCAAGACUGAGGUGUCUGUUGAAAUUCUCCAGACUAAAGAUGAAGAUAACGACCAUGUACAGUUUGCUAUUACUGAAAUUGGCAUCGGUGAUUCUUCUGAAAUGAAACUUGAUGACACUGAUCUUACCAUGAAUGGACAGCUAGACUUGGAGCCCAAAAUAUCACCGAUGUCCUUCUGCAAAGCUUUUCCUUUUCACAUAAUUUUUGAUCGAGAUUUGACGGUCAUUCAGUCUGGAGACUCUGUUUGCAGAGUUCUUCCUCAGUUGAAUGAGGAUGACGCAAAUUUUGGCGAUUUAUUUCAAUGUGUAAGACCACAGAUUGAGUUCACCGUGGAUUCAGUGUUAGCUCACAUCAAUACAGUUUUUGUAAUGAAAACUCGCCAAGGUGUUCUCGUUCUCGAUAAAGAGGAUAGCACACCCGUAUCACCUUAUCGAAAGGAAAGCAGUGGAGAAGAGUAUCUAAAUCUACGACUCAAAGGUCAAAUGUUAUACAUAGAGGAGUCUGAUCAAGUGCUCUACCUUUGUUCUCCGAGUGUACUUGAUCUUGACGAUUUGCUGUCAAAAGGUCUGUACGUCAGUGAUAUUCCGAUACACGAUUCAACAAGACAGUUGAUCCUCUUAUCUGAGCAAUUUGCAGCUGAAUACAAGCUCACACAACGUCUGGAAGUUCUCACCGACUGCCUUAAACAAACACACAAAGAUCUCGAAGCUGAAAAGCAACUCACGGAUCAACUGCUCUACUCCGUUCUUCCAUCAUCCGUUGCGAAUGAGUUACGACACAAACGACCUGUGCCGGCGGAAAAAUAUGAAAUGGUAACAAUUCUCUUCAGCGCCAUCGUUGGAUUUUCUGACUUUUGCAAAAGUGCCACACCCCUUGACAUAGUGCAGUUGCUGAAUGACGUCUACACAAGUUUCGAUGUUUUGGUCGAUCCUCGAAUCAAUGACGUGUACAAGGUAGAGACCGUGGGAGAUAUGUAUAUGGCUGUCAGUGGACUUCCUGAAAGGUGCAAUGAUCAUGCGCGUAAAAUUGGCAAUAUGGCGCUUGAUAUGAUGGAGAUGGUGGAAUGUAUUAAUAGCCAAAAACGCAAGAUUCAGAUUACGAUUGGUAUCCAUUCCGGUGAGGUGGUAGCUGGAGUGGUAGGACAGGUGAUGCCAAGAUAUUGUCUCUUUGGCAAUACAGUCAACUUGACUAGCAGAACUGAAACUACCGGUACAAAAGGGAAGAUCAAUGUUAGUGAAUUUGCGUACAGAUGCCUUCAGAAACCGGAAAGUAUGGACGAAAGUUUUAAUUUCGAACUACGUGGACCAGUCAAAAUGAAAGGACGUGACGAGCCAAUGAUCGUGUAUUAUUUGACACGUGAUGCGUCUCGACGACCACGUGUUGCCUCAUUAUUGCGACGUUACAACAUUAAAACUCCCCUUCUCAGCAUCGCCUGCUGUCAGCCACCAUGACACGAAGAAUUCGCCUGAUGGUCCAAUGUCCAUAAUGCAUUAGAAUUGAAGGUACUCUUUUAAAGUCUCACCGUGAAUUCUCGUAAAGCAAAACUUUAAAAUGACAUGGUGCACUUAUGUCUACAAUGAUGAAGAACAUGUACAGAAAAGUCAUUUUUCGCGGUUUUGUUAUUUGGAUGGAAAAUACAUGCAAUCAAUGGCAGAAAUAUUUUAAGAUUCUUUCUUGAAUUGAUUUUGAUAAAAAGAGACAUAACGAUAUCGUUGCCUUUCACGACUGCAAAUCAAGCUUUUUGAAGUCCAAGAGCACUUCAACAGAACUAUCUUGGAAAAAUGUUGAGGUUAACCCUUUGUACAAAUAAUGGCAAUGCUAUCUCGGUAAAGCAUUGAAAUAAUUAAGAAAUCAUGAGAAAUUUUAA